GCGGGCUCUGGAAUGGUAACAAAAAAAGGCCCUUCACCAGCUUCACACACGACACGAGCACUUGGAAAUCCAGUGUCACGCAAGCAACAUGGAACACAUUAGAAAGUCACUGUGUGCCAGACCUGCGGUCGAUGCUAGAGAACUUCUCGCUGAAGAGCUCGAGGGACAGCCUGAACUCUGUCAACUCGAGAUUUUGACCGAGGUGUUUAACGCGGGCGUUGUCGCCGAUGAACGGCUGGCAGAGAUUAUCCAUGUCGGCUGGGAACACAUGCUACGGAAUGAUCUUUGGACCUUCAAGUAUGAAUCCCUCGAGCAAUACCGGCAUAAGCAUCUGCUUAGCCUCCUAGCCACUCUCAGUCGAUCUAUGCAGUCCACGGACGAAGCGGUGAGCCUGUUGAAGAGAAGCAUUCACCAACGACCGCGCCGGUCUCGGCAAGGCUGCACUCUGAUGCCGAGCGAUGUAGAGCGCGUGCUUAGGAGUCUACCUUCUGUGACUCUGGCUCUGAAUCGAGGACCCUCCUUUACUCAUUCCUGUCACAUAGAUCGAGACCCUAGGGCUCGAAGGUGCCGCGUCUACCGAUCUGGAUCGCUGUCUGGAAUCAGCACCGCUGGAUCCACUGACUCAGCCUCUGACGUCGCAUUGGAGGAAACAAACCCACUCCUGGUGGAAUCCGACCAAGUUCCAGAGGGUACGAUGGCCACCGGCACCAAACACUCGGCGGACUGCUGGUGCUCGCCCGCGUGCUUUCCCUUGCGUCUAGUAUUUAGAACCAGCCAACCUCCAAUCCCCAGCGAUCUCGUGGUGGGUCUAUUGAUGUGGGCUAAGUCGAUGGCAUGGUCCAAUAUUUGCAACGCACACCUCGGAAGAUUAGGGGAACUAAGGUUUGGCGCUUCAGUCAAGAGCUGGAGUAGGGACGAGAUCGUCUCGCAGCUCGAGAUUGUGCUUUCAGAGGUGCGCUUGUCAAAGGGGGACUUGAUAUUGCCCCCCUCUGAGGAUAAUUUCCACUGGCAGAACUUGACCUCAGCAGAAGAUCAGUCCCAGUUGCCCUCCCCCCACGUGCCCCUACCCUAUUGGGCGCUACCUUUGCACGAUGGCGAGGUUUUCAUGAGUCUUCAACCCCAUAGCGUGCCCAUAUAGCUGGCGUUAGAUUGCUCAUACUUAGUACCAAAUAUGCAUCCUGCUAAGUCUCACCGUUUCGAUUCGUGGAUACGUAGGUGAAAAGGGUAAGUCAAGGUCAUCCUAUGUAUGUAUCGCUCUCGUCCCCGUUGUGUUAUUGCGAGAGCUAGAGUGAUGCUGAACACAUUCUACUCGCGAAUUAGCAUUGAGGCACGAAAUCGUCAGUUCAUGGAAAUGUUGCUCUUGCGCAACCAGAUGAGCACUCUGUUACUCAUCCUAUGGGGGCUGCACCCUUUGCGCGAAACUGACUGGCGCAUUAGGACAUUAGGAGAGAAUGGACACAAUCA